AUGAAGGGCAGCCUGACCCUAGUCGGGAUCCUCUGGGCUGUGCUGUCACUGCUUACCGCCGUGGCUAGCACGACCAGUUACUUCCUGCCCUACUGGCUCUUUGGUACCCAGCUUGGGAAGCCAGUGUCCUUCAGCAUGUUCCGACGCUGUAACUACCCUGUUCGGGGUGAAGGGCGCACCCUGGUCAUGGUGGAAGAGUGUGGCCGUUAUGCCAGUUUCACCGCCAUCCCCAGCCUGGCCUGGCAGAUGUGUACCAUAGUGACAGGCACAGGCUGUGCCCUGCUGCUCCUGGUGGCCCUAGGCGCCGUCCUGGGCUGCUGCAUGGAAGAGCUCAUCUCCAGGAUCAUGGGCCGAUGCAUGGGAGCAGCCCAGUUCGUGGGAGGUCUGCUGAUUGGUGCAGGCUGUGCCUUGUACCCCCUAGGCUGGAACAGCCCGGAGGUGAUGCAGACUUGCGGGAACGCCUCCAGUCAAUUCCACUUAG